AUGACGCCCAAGUUCCGAAGCGGUCUACAAAAUCAUCCACCAAACGCGAACCUGGACGGGCCAGCGUUGAACCGCCACCUACCAAGCGACGACGGACGACGAGACCAGGCCGAUACGGGCGUGACCUACAGAAGUUUUCCCUACGCGUUCGGUCCACACGUAUCUGCUGCAGGAGGUGUCGAAAAUGCCGUCCUCAACGCUGCUCGUAUCGGUGCCAAUGCGUUCGCCCUCUUCGUCAAAUCGCAGCGUAAAUGGGCAGCCCCACCUCUUACCGAAUCCAACAUCUCCACCUUCAAAGCUCGCAUGACUGAGUUCGGGUAUUCACCUGCUCACGUACUCGUGCAUGGAAGCUACCUCAUGAAUCUCGGUAAUCCCGACGAUGAAAAACGGGAGAAGUCUUACGAGUGUUUCCUAGAUGAAAUACAACGAUGUGAACAGCUGGGACUCGAGUUUUACAAUUUCCACCCAGGUUCAACAGUUGGCCGAACCACGAAGGAACACUCCAUUGCACUGAUUGCGGAAUGGCUCACCAUCGUCAUCGAGAACAUGGCAGGCGCAGGGAACGUCAUAGGUUCUAAGUUUUCAGAGUUACGGGGUAUCAUCGAUUGCGUCGAAAACAAGGACCGGGUUGGAGUAUGUCUCGACACGUGCCAUUUGUAUGCUGCUGGCUAUGACAUCUCCACGCAGGCGGGGUGGGAGUACGUCUUAUCCGAGUACGAUAAUGUAGUGGGACUCUCCUACCUUCGGGGUCUGCAUCUCAACGAUGCACGUACAACUCUUGGGUCCAAAAAAGACAGACAUGAAAAUAUUGGGCUUGGCCCCCUUUCUCUCACAUUCCGGGCUGUACUCACCGAUCCCCGUAUGCGUGAUCUUCCCCUCAUCCUCGAAACGCCAACGUACGGCACGGACAUGGGCCCAGAUGGCGUGUGGGCUGCGGAGAUUAGCGUGUUGUAUAGGAUGGCAGAGGUCCAGGCAGGCACCACUGCGGCCAGCACCGUUGAUCGGGUUAAUGGUAUUGUGGAUCGGGAAGGAGAUGGGGGGAUGGUGAAAACGCUGAUGGAGGAACGGCCUAAACAGAUGGGUGGUAGUCAGGCAAAGGGGAAAGGAGAACGAACACGAGCAACGAAGGGGAGAGGAAAAAAGGUACGAGAUAUCGAACCUAGCGAGGAUGCGGAGGAGGAGGCGAGUUGA